UUCAAACAGAAACAAUGAACCGACCGGAGUUGGACUACUACGCGGUGCUGGACCAGCCCAGGGGAGCCACCAAGGAGCAGCUAACCCUGGCCUACCGCCGACUGGCCAUUCGCCUGUGCCCGCAUCGCGACAAGAAGGACGAGCAGGACUUUGUGCCGCUGGCCCAGGAGGGUCGACUCACGCAUCUCUCACCCAUGGGCGAGCCCAGGCAGUGGGCCUACAUCAACAUGGCCUUCGAUGUGCUGGGCAACGAUCUCUACCGCGCCAUCUACGAUCGCUAUGGCGAGGCGGGUCUGUUCGAGGGAGUGAUGCUGCCCAACGGCUACUUUCCCCCGUACCAAUACGAUGGCGACCACAUGAAGGUAUACGAGCGGGUCUUCGGCAGCUACUCACCCUAUGCCAAUGUGAUAGAUGCCAUCGCCAAUCCGCCCAGCUUAUAUGCCACCCGGCAGCAUGGCAUUGGGGUGCGCUCCAAGGAUGCCAGCACGGAGCGGAUCAUCGAGCUGUCGCUGGAGGAGGUGCGCACUGGCUGCGUCAAGCUGAUGAACGUGUGGCGCCAGGAGAUCGUGGACGCCAAGGAGUCGCGUCUGGAGAAGCGCAAGCACACUCUGAAGCUGAACAUCGCCCCGGGAACCACGGCCGGCACUCGCUUCUGCUUCAAGGAGGAGGGCGAUCGCUAUCCGGCCACCAUUCCGGGUGACAUAAUCUUCAUUGCCGCCGACAAGCCGCACCCGGACUUCGAGCGGAGGAACCACCACGACCUGGUCUACAGGCAGUGCAUUGAUCUGUGCCAGGCCUUUACCGGCAUCACGUUCUUCAUUUCCACGCUGGACAAGCGCCAGUUGAAGGUGGUCAUCACGGACGUAGUGCAGCCGGGCUAUACUAAGGUGGUUCCUCUCGAGGGACUGCCCAAGUGCCGCAACUUGGACGCAGUGACGGCUAUUAAGGAGGCCAACAAAAAGGUGGAACAGUUCGGGGACCUCAUCAUAGAAUUUAAUUAUAUUUUCCCCAAGUAUUUGACGCCACAUAUGAAGCAAAUGACUCGCGAAUUUUUCCGCGAGUUCCGCAAGCUGGAAAUUGAGUUGCAGGAGGAGGAGGAGCGCAACAUGGGUUAAUAGGAGUCUCUUUAUUGUUAUUCUGUAUUUGGAACACUUGAAAU